AUGCGUAAAUUUCUCUUUGGAAAUGUCGGACAAAAGACACCACAGUCGACACCAUCAACCCCAACAAAGAAAAUACCGAAGAAAUAUAAAGAUGAAAAACAAAAAGAUGAACUUCAAGAACUGAAAGACUGUCUCCAGUCGAAAAAUGUGAACGACCAAAAAGAAGCAAUGAAAAAAAUAGUCUUAGCAACUGCAGAAGGAAAGGAAUGCGGAUUUAUGUAUAUGGACGUUUUAAAGAUCAUUGGAACUCCUGACAUUUCUUUGAAGCAAUUGAUUUAUUUAUAUAUAGCUACGUACGCAUCAGUCGAUGAACAAGAAGCAAUUCUCACCGUCAAUUCUCUUAUCAUCGACUCGACUAACCACGACCCACACGUUAAAGGACUUGCAUUUCGGACUAUGGGGAAUAUCAAACUGAAAACAACAGCAGAGUACUUUGUCCAGCCUUUGAUUAAAGGGUUAAAAGACAGUGACUCAUAUGUAAAGCGAUGCGCCAUUUUAAGUCUUCUUAAAAUACUUCAAAUACCCAAUGUUACAGUUGACUUCAAGGCAAUUGGGAACUCCAUAUUAAAUGAAUUAGAAGACGGUGAUAGUGUAGUGGUUGCCGCAAUACUUUCUGUUGCCUCUGAAAUUCCAGCUUUAUCAAGAAUGGUCCAAACAGAACAAGUAGCUACUAAGGUUGUUCAUUUACUUGAAGGAAGUAAUGACUGGGAUCAAUCAGUGUUUUUAAAAUAUUUCAAUGAGUACAAACCACACUCUAAAAGAGAAGCGGAGAUGAUUGUUCAAACUGUAUUUGAUAAGUGUUCUGUUGUGAACGAAGGGAUAGUCAUUGACACUCUUAAACUUGUUCUUCGAUUCAAAGAUUUUUUGGACCCACAAACACUCGAAGAAGACUACGUCAUUCUUGCAAAUAUUAUUUUGAAAGUAAAUGCAAAAUUAACGAGUCAAAAACAACAUGAAAUGCUUUAUAUCCUUUACAGAAACAUCAAGCACUUUAUUACGUUAAAAAAGGAACUUUUCUCGUCACAAAUCAGUUGUUUCUAUAUCAUGUACGAAGACCCAAUUUUCUUGAGAACAGAAAAAAUCGAAAUUCUAUUAUUGUUAGUAGAAGAGUCGACAGUGAAAGACCUUCUUGAUGAGUUAAGUGAGUCAGCGACAGCGUCUUUGGAUUUUGCACCACGGUUGUUAUUAACUAUUUCGACAUUAGUCACAAAGUUUCCGUCGUUGGGGAACAAGUGUGUCUCUGUGAUAGUCAAAAUAUCAAGAGAAGUCCCAAUGCUGAGUGAAAGUUGCUUAGUUUCUCUGUGUGAGAUAUUACUCACUACUAAUGGAAAAUACAUGAAAGCCCUUCCCUGUGUUUUGGAGAACAUUCAGGAAAUGGGAAGUGCUGAUGCAAAAGUCGCUUUACUGACUUUGUGUGGCGAGUUCCCAAACAGCAUCGAGAACCCUCGGGAAGUCUUGUUAGACUUUAUCGAACAUUACCAAGAAGAGAGUUUGGAAGUCAGACUUUCGCUUAUGAUUGCGACAGCAAAAGUGUACCAAGCAUUACCUUUCACUGAGACGACUCGAAAGGUUUUGGAGUGUGCGAUGAAGUCGAACGAAUAUGUUGAGAGAGAGCUUGCCGUCUCUUUGUGGCGUAAGUUAGCGAAGAGUGAGAAAAUAGUCCAUAUCAACAGUCUAGGCGUUGUCAGAGGAAAUGGUAACAAAGACUUUUUGUAUCACAUUGGUGAGGUUUCAACCGUCCUUGAGAUCUCUCCAAGCAAGAUGCAUCGAUAUAUCGACAAGCCCAAAAGAGUUACUGAAAUCAGUUUGGAUUCCGAGAAGCAAAAUGAUGUUGAUAACAAAAACAUAGAAUUAUUCAAAAAGCUCAAAGACAAGUUGAAAACGCAAAGAGGGUUAUAUGGGCCAGAAGAAACGGAUGAGAACAAAUUAAUGAGUGUUGGGAACAACCCCAACGAUUUUGUGGGAUCUGGAUUUUUAUUCAAAAAAGACGGUGUUUUGUAUCUCCGCGUUGGUCUCAAAAACAUUUCAAAAAGUUGUAUUUCGGGACUUUUUAUUCAAUUUGAUUCAAACAGUUUUGGAGCGACAUGUGGCAAUUUUGAAGACACGAGUUUUGAAAAUGGCGAGGUGAUCAAAAAUGAUAUUCCAAUCAGUUUUGAUGAGACAAAAGUUAAAAAGGGACCUUUAGAUAACUCCAUCCGAAUUGGGAUCGCACACAAAGACAGAAGAGUCUCAUUCUACACACUAAAGGUUCCAAUCUACUUCAUGAUGAAAAAAGUCGAGAGCAUCGAGCCACGACAAUCAGCGGAACUCUUCCACAAAAUGCCAUUUGAAAAGACUCUGAAUCUCAAACUAUUCCAAGUGGUUUCCACGAAUGUGAAAACGCUCUUAACAGACACUAUAGGCUUCCAAGUUGUUGCUGAAAAGGUUGAAGAGCAAAACGCAAAAGUGAUAGUUCGGAUGGUUGUGAAUCCGACAUAUAACAUCAUUGGAGAAAUUAAUGUACUUGGCGAGAGUAAUGCGGUGAACAUACACUUGAAGUCGGAGAACGAAACAUUACUUGACGCCUUUUGCACGUCUUUACAGACUCUCUUCUAA